AUGGACAUGGUGGCUCAGCUUCCAGCCGAAAAGCCGAUCCAGGCAGGAGGAAGACACCCAGCCUUUGUGCUAUUUCCUGUCCUCUCCCCCACCUUCGGGCCUUCGGAAUAUCGCAAACCGGGCCCCGAAACUCGGAGCGGCGGUGGCCGCCCCACAAAGGCACCGCCAGGAGCGCCAUCUUGGCGCGGCCACCGGGCCCAUUCAUUCGCGGGCCCGGGCCCGGGUCCGCGCAAGCCCCCGGCCGACACGCGCGGGGCGCCGGCGCCAGACAGACCCCGGCCUCGGCAGGAGAAGGGCGAGGCCACGGCGCGGCCGUCUCCGCGACUCCGCACAGCGAAAGGGCCGAAACCGUUAUUUUCCCAUUUCCCGACGCCGCGCCCGGCUUCCGCUUUAAAUCCCCACUCCGCCCGCGGCGCGCGGCCCGGCUUCCCCAUUUCAUUGUUCCCCUUCCCCGCGCUCGCCCCCUGCGGCCGCCCGGCCCUCAAAGUCACCCCGAUAGGCGGCCCGCGCGGGGGCUCCGGCCGCCGACACCGCCCCGCCUGCACGCCCGCCCGGCCUUUGUUCUCGCGCCGAGGGCCCGAGCGCCACCGCCCUCGUCGCGGCCUGACGCGCCCGCACCGCCGCCUCGGCCGCUGCUCGGGAGGUCGUCGCGCUCGGGCCGCGCUGCGCGCUCCGCGGGCGCUGCGGGCAGGUGCGCACCGGCAAGGCUCGGUCCACUCCCGCCGCGGCGGCUGCUCCACUCCCGACCCCGCUCCCCACUCGCCGCCCGCGCCCGCUCCCGCUCCCGCUCCCGCCGCCGCCGCCGCCGCCGCCUCCGUCCGCCCCUCAGACGCCUCCAGCCAUCGGGAUGGGCGCGGCGGGCCCCUGCCCGCAGUCUCGGGAAACCCCACGCGUUCGCGUCACCACGCACGUCGCGCGUCGCGCGCGCUCGCUAGGCCCGACGGGCACGCGCACGCCUGCGCGCUUGCAACUCGCAACGGGCCCGAGCGCGUGUCCGAGCGGCUUAAAGAGGCCGUGUUGCUGUCUUCCGGGACCGCUGCUUCAGGAGACCCCCCCGGCGGCCCGGCCCUGCGGGGACCGAGCGGGAUGGGGACCGGGGCAGUGGGCCCUCGGAGACGGGACGGGGCGGGGGGAACACUGGCGCGGAGCCCUCCGGGGACAGCGUAAGGUUGGGUAGCCGCGGGCGGGGGCUCCUCCGGGGGCGGUGGUUGGGUAACGGCGGGCGGGGGGCACUCAAGGGACCGGGCAGGGGCGGGGAAGGCCGCGGGCGGGGGCGGUCCCUCCGGGGACGGGGCGAGUAGGGGCACCGCGGGCGAGGUCGUUGCCUGCAGAGGAGGCGCCGGGCCCCGCGAGCAGGUCGGGGUCCCGGGCAGGCGCAGGUGCCCCCCGGCCUCUCAAGCAGGGACUGCGGCGAGCUCAGACGGGGCUGGCGGGCAGAGACCCGCGCGUGGGCUCAGUGCGUGUGAGGUGGGCCUCGGGCUGCGGAGGAGGGCAGCGCCCCGUGGCUCCUCUCGCUGCUGCGGGCAGGGCCGCCUGGCAGAAGCGGAGGCCGCGGACCCCUCCCAAGCCGCUGAGCAGUGGACAGCGGGGACCGGAGACCCCAGGUGAGGAAGGGGAACGAAGUCAAGAAGGCCACAUGUCCUGGCUUCCAGGCUUGGUGUCCUCAGAAGCCUCCAGAACGUCCAUGGAACCCGCCCCUGUGCCCACCGCCUCCUGCUGUCUUUCCAGCUGAGCUCCGGCUGCCCCUCACCCCCGGCUUCUUCCCUCUGCUCCUCCCCAGCCAGCGCCCUGCUCUUCCACCCGCCUGGGCCUUCAUCCCCUCCGAGCUCCCCUUCCACACCAAACCUGGCGUCCGUUUUCCUCCAGGCCUGCACCGGCACAGUCGAAAGGGAGAAAGACCCAGCUUCAUCCCCUGGGCCUCCCCUCAACCAGGGCCCCAACCUCAAGGGGCCACCCACCCCACCCCCAACGCCUAUUUCCCACCUUCUACUCUCUCCACACCCUGGGAUACCACCCGCCUCUCUCAACUGGCGUUUUCCUUCUCAUUUUGUGUGCAUGGCGCUUGUGUGAGGAAGCAGACACACAGUAAGUGCGGCUUCUGGAUGCGUCCGCCGCCUGCCCUCCCUGCCACGCGCUUCCCCUCCCUGGGGAGCCUCCACCAGACAGGGAACCCAUGCCUUCCCACCCUUCUGUCUCCCUCCCACUUCACUUGUCCGCGUCAUUCCCGGAGGCCUUUAUUUCUGGCACGAGAUGCUCCAGGGUCCUGUUGUAUCCUCCCUGCCCCAGCCUGAACCCAGCUAUUUCUGCUGGCAACCUGGUUCAUUGUGGGAGAAUGUCAUGCAGAGCCGGGGAUGGGGUCCCGGGUGUGCUCAUUGCUACUGGGGUGUCCUUGCAGCUGGUGGAGCAAGGGAGCACAUCUAUGUACAUGCUCCCACGUAUACGUAUACACACAGUUUCAUGGG